CCGUCUAACAUCGUACUCUGGUAUGAAACUAAUUGUGAAACACCAUACUCGGUUCGUAAGAGCGUUGCAAACCCGUUGCAAUCAAGAAUUACCGCACGAUAAAGUGAUGCAUCGAAAAAAUAACAUUGAUUUCAACUCGAAAUUUAUAUAUAUAAAAAGGACAUCCUGCGCAGAUAAUGUAUGUUAUACCGAUGGAAAAACGAAGAACUUAUUCGUAUUAUACGAGUGUUAGAGAUAAAAUUCCAGCUCGUUUGGUUUUAUAUUUUCUUUCCUGGUCUGGUUUUCUGGUGUCAUUCAUGAUGCGAAAUGAUAUGAAUUUUGCUUUGGUUGCCAUGAUAUCAAAUGGUAAUGAAACACUGACUGAUAAUCAAAAUGUAUCUACUACAUUGUAUAUGGGCAGUGGCUCUGAAGACCAUUCAUCAAUAGUGAAAUCUGUGAUAAUAAGUUCAUUCUAUUGGUGUUACGUGCUAUCUCAAGUAGUUGGCGGAGUUUCUACUCAAGCAUUUGGAACCAAGUGUGUAUUCGGGUGGUCACAGAUGGCAACUGCUUUAUGCAGCCUACUUAUGCCAUUAGCUGCAGAAUUUCAUUAUGCUGUCGUAAUUUUUUUACGAUCAAUUCAGGGAUUUGCUUCUGGCUUAACUUGGCCUGCAAUGUACGCGAUGGUGGGCUAUUGGAUACCCGAGACGGAACGUUCACGGUUUAUGUCAAGCUUUCAAGGAUUUAGUAUAGGAAUUGGCUUAACGUAUCCACUGUGUGGGUUUAUUAUUACAAAUUUUGGUUGGCCACUGGUUUUUUAUACAACUGGCUUAUUAGGAAUUGGAUGGUGCGUUUUAUGGUACAUUUUAGCUUAUAACACACCACAGGAACAUCCCAGAAUAACCAAAGAGGAACUUAAUUACAUUGAGCUUAAUAUUGGUGAAGAUGUACGAAACGCAUACACAGUGAAAGUGCCUUGGGGGCAAAUAUUUAGAUCCUUGCCAGUUUGGGCAAUUGCAGUUACAACAUUCGGCAGAAUAUUUAUACAUUACGUUUUUAUUGUUAAUGGACCGACUUUUAUGAACCAUAUUCUUAAGUUUGAGUUUGGAACAAAUGGAAUUCUGUCGGGAAUGCCAUUUCUUUGCUCUUAUAUUUCGUCGGUAUUUUUUUGUUAUAUUGCAGAUAAACUGUUAUUUCAUAAAAUUUUGGGUCUUACAACAGUGCGAAAAUUAUUUACUGCCUUAUCGCAAGUUGUUCCAGGAUUACUUAUUUUAUGUAUAGGUUAUAUAGAUAACAUACCGUUUCUCUUGACAACUUGGUUCAUAGCAGUUAUUUUUAUUACCGCAUCCUACGCGGGAGCAAUGGCCAAUAUCAUCGACAUCGCGCCAAACUAUGGACACUCAGGAGCAGUAUUAGCCUUCUGCCAAACGAUUCAUAUGUCGGCGUCUUUCCUAUCACCAUUGACCGUUGGAUUCUUAGUAACACAAGAGGAUUCCAUUGAUCAGUGGCGAACAGUUUUUGAAGUAUCGGGAAUUAUUGCUGUGUUGACUUAUAUGUUUUAUCAGUGGUUCGGUACUGCCGAGAUACAAUCGUGGAAUAUCCUACGGCCAAUCAGUAAUCAUCUUCAAGAAGCAGAAAAAAUGUUUUCCAAGGAGAAUGGAGGAAAACAGUUAAAUACCAAGACAACAUGAAAAAUAAUAAUAAUUUGUUACCAUUAUAAUUAAAUGUUCAGCCUUUAUGUAUAAAGUCUUUUUAGCAUUUAGUUUCACUAUAACUUGUACUUUUAAUUAAGAUUUGCAUUAUAAAAAACUGGUAAUUGCUUAAAAGCG